GUAGAUAUAACCACAUUUAAUUAGUCAUGUCCACCACUUUCCGUCCCAAGAGAAGUGUUCCAUCUGCGGUGAACACGCCCACAUCCGUACAUGUGAAGAAGACUGCCAGCAUUGAUAAUGAGGAGGCACAAGUCAUCUUGACGGAGUUCAUUGGUGCUAGUGAAGCUUUAAUGAGCAGUUUACCAGGCAGUGUUUUAGCUGAAGGGAAUGGUGCUGGAGCUGGGUUGAGCGAGUCUGCCGGAAACAGUGCUGUUUUGAGUCAGUUGAAGCGUGUUCAAAGAGAUUUGAGAGGGUUACCACCAUUACUUGCGGAAACUGCUGCUCCAGUUAGUACUGGACAAAACAAGAGAAUCAAGUUUGAUGAUGAUGAAGAGGAACAACCAGUGAAUAAGAAGAUCAAGUUUGAUGAUGAGGAAGAAGAGAAAGAAGACGAAGAGGAAGAGAAAGAAGAAGAAGAUGAAGAAGAUGAAGAUGAAGAAGAAGAAGAAACCAAGGAAGAAGAAACCAAGGAAGAAGAAACCAAGGAAGAAUCUGAAUCUGAAGCUGAAGCUGAACCUGUAGUUGAAAAGAAGGAAAAGAAGGAAAAGAAGGAGAAGAAGGAGAAGAAAGAAAAGAAAGGGAAAGAAAAGAAGGAAAAGAAAGAAAAAAAGCAUAAGAAGAAGGAUUAAGUAGAACGUCAUUCGCUGUAAUAUAGAUAACAUCA